AGAGUUUCUAUUAUUAUUUUUAAUUUAGAUGGUUAAUAGUGAUUAUUAAAUUAUAAUAUUUACUUUCUGUUCAUAUGUGGAUCGUAUUGUGUCCUAAUAAUCGCCCGUAUCUAAUUUAAUAUUACAACUAUUUAUUAACAACAUAACGAUGCUAAACGGGGUGUAAAUUCUCACAGUUGAUUCGUAGGAUUUAAAUGUCAUGGUUAACGUGCCGUGGAUAUUUUAGAAGAGGAGCUUGUGAACUUUGUUUAUAAAUAUAUGUAUUAAAAUGAGUACGUCCUCACAAGGACCUGAGGAUAACAGAAGUGAAACAACGUCUGAUACUGCACAAUUAGUCAGCCACGAUGAUUUAGCUUCAGCUUCCAAUUACACUCAAUUGAACAGAUCUGUUCAUUAUCAAGACCCUCUAGAAGAUGAAUUUGAAGGCAGCCAUGGUGUCAGACGGAGAAACACAGUGCAGAAGAUUGAGCCUGGGUCUACAAAUAUACUCUCUGCUAAAUUUGAAAGCUUGGACUACGACACCUGUGAGAACCACCCCCUCCUUGACGAAGAGCGGAAAAGGGGCUACGCCUUCGUCAUAUGGAAGGACAUUACUCGCUGGUUCAUCUUCCUACUGAUCGGGAUCAUCACGGCUUUGAUAGCAUUUGUCAUCGAUGUUUGUAUUGAAGAAUUCUCCGAGAUUAAAUAUAGGGAGCUUAAGAAAUCUGUGGAUGCCCACUUGCCACACAGAAUGUACGUCCCGUACUUGCUAUGGGUGUUAUCGAACAUUUGCAUAGUUUUCAUAGGUUCUGUGCUCGUCGCAUACGUUGAGCCAGUAGCAGCCGGCAGCGGAAUACCACAAGUAAAGUGUUACUUGAACGGGGUAAAAGUGCCGAGAGUCGUCCGCAUCAAAACGCUGUUCGUGAAAACCAUCGGCGUGAUCACUGCUGUGGUCGGAGGUCUCGCUGGAGGCAAGGAAGGUCCGAUGAUUCACAGUGGCGCGGUGGUAGCGGCUGGCAUAUCGCAAGGCAAGAGCACAACCUUCAACAAGGACUUCAAGAUCUUCCACUAUUUUCGAGAAGAUCAUGAAAAGCGUGAUUUCGUGUCGGGUGGCGCCGCGGCCGGCGUGUCGGCGGCUUUCGGAGCCCCCAUCGGUGGAGUACUGUUUUCUCUAGAAGAAGGCACAAGUUUCUGGAAUCAGGCACUGACAUGGCGGACGUUCUUUGGCACUGUGGUAUCCACGUUCACGUUGAAUUGCGCUCUUUCUGCGUACCAUGGACGCGCGGGAGAACUUAGUUAUCCAGGUCUGCUGAAUUUGGGCAAGAUGGAGCCGUUCCCGUUCCAAUUCUACGAGUUGCCCGUGUUCAUGUUCUUCGGCGCCGUGGGGGGAUGUCUCGGUGCUCUGUGGAAUCACAUCAACUACAAACUCUCCGUCUUCCGAAUUAGGUACAUAACCGCGCCGUGGCUACGAGUAGUGGAGGCGUGCCUAGUGGCGGCGGCAAGCGCGACCGUCGGCUUCCUCAUGAUGUACGCGCUCAACGACUGCCGUCCUCUAGGGGAGGACCCUACUAAAGUGCCCUUGCAGCUAUACUGCGCUGACGGCGAAUACAACGCCCUUGCCGCAGUCUGGUUCCAAACGCCCGAAGCGUCCGUGCGCUCGUUCCUGCACAACCCCAUCGGCUCAUACAACCCGUGGUCCAUCCUCGUGUUCGUGUUAUGCUAUUUCCUACUGUCAGCGUGGACGUUCGGGCUAGCUGUGUCGAGUGGUCUGUUCAUCCCGAACUUGCUGUGUGGUGCGGCUUGGGGCCGCCUACUGGCUAUCCUGAUACAGCUCAUGGCGCCAGAGAAUACGGUAAACCCGGCGAAGUACGCCCUAGUCGGCGCGGCGGCUCAACUCGGCGGGGUGGUCCGAAUGACCAUAUCGCUAACGGUUAUUAUCAUCGAGACUACGGGGCAAAUAUCUAAUGCGCUGCCAAUCAUUAUCACGCUGGUCGUCGCCAAGUGGGUGGGAGACUUCUUCAACGAGGGAAUAUACGACAUCCACAUCCAGCUAGCGGGCGUCCCAUUACUCCCAUGGGAGCCGCCGCCGCUCGCCCACAACGUCUACGCGUCCGAAGUGAUGUCGCAUCCCGUGUUCACGCUCCGCACCAUCGAGAACGUCGGUCAUGUGGUGGAGCUGCUCAAACUGGUGUCUUAUAACGGGUUCCCAGUCGUCGACCCGCCUUUAGCUGACGACCAAGAAGUGCACACAUACAAGCGUCUCCGAGGCCUAAUAUUGCGCUCACAGCUGAUAGUGCUCCUUCAGAACAAAAUCUACAACGAGAACGAACACGAAAACGCCAACACUACGUGGUCCAGCUUCGAUGUGGACAUGGACAUGUUCCGUAAGGAGUACCCGCGCUACCCGUCUAUCAACGAUCUGGAGAUAUCGGACUGGGAAAAAACCUGCACGAUAGACCUACGACCCUUCAUGAAUCCGUCCCCCUACACGCUGCCUACUCGCGCGUCGCUGCCGCGGCUCUUCCGGCUGUUCCGAGCCCUGGGUCUGCGACACCUGCCCAUAGUCAAUGAUGUCAACGAGGUGGUGGGGAUGGUGACUCGCAAAGACAUCGCCAGGUACCGCGUCUGGAGGCAUCAUUUCAGCAUGGGAAUGGAGGAGUUAGUACUGUCUAGCGAAAUUUAAUUAUGUAGUCAAAAUAGUGCUGAAGUUAAGAGACAAAUCAGUUAGAUAUCAAGUGAGUUAUCAGUGUUAUCACUCACUAUCCUCUUUUAGUAGUGAGGUAUCCAUAGACCUCAAUUUCAAUCAGCUUAAAUAUUCAAAUAAAAUAACAUUAUGAUACCUCUUUUAAAGACAAUGUAUGAUUGUUGGAUUUGUGAUGCUUCCCCAGUGUCACGUAUCCAAGUUUGAUAUUACUAGAAGUAGUCAUUCUCAUUCAUUACUUUCAUCAAUUACCAUAAUAGCUUAAAUGGUAUAUGAGCAUAUUUUGUGCCAUUAACAACUUGAUCAAUUAAUGUCACAUGCCCAGUGAUCAUUUAUUAUCUUAACAAUUACCAAGAAGACAGGGUCACUAUUUGGAAAAUUAUAUAUCUACCUAAUCAGUACUUAUAAAAAAUUAGAGGCUCAAUAUAGUAUUCAAAUAUCUUGAUAUAAUAAAUAGGCUUAAUAUAUUAUCAAAAUAAUUAUGUAAUUUAAUUCUUAAUAAGUAAGGUUAAAUUACAUACUUAUUUUGAAAUAUUUAUUAAAUUAAAGUUGGAAACUGUUUGUAUUGACACUUGAACGCCUUGUAACCUUUUUUUGCACAAGAUGUUAGAUUUUUAUGAAUACUAACGAAUAGCGUCCGGGUGCAACACUAUAUGCGUAAAGUAUUCAAGAAAUUCCAUCCCUUAUAAACUUAGUCUCGUAUCUGUUCCAAGCUAUUUGGAUAAUAUACCGGGUGUUUCCUGUGACACAAGUAAAUAAUAAUAAAUAGAUUAUAUAUUAUUAAACCACAUAUUGUACUCCUCAAACAAUAACUUUUGACUAUCAACUUAAUUUUUUUUUAAAAGUCCUUAGAUUUUCUCUUUUUAUACAUAUUAAAUAUUAUUUUUAAUGUAUGCUGUCAUCAGUGUGUUUGAUGUUGCUUGUCACACUUUAAACACAACAAAAUUUGCUAUACAUUGCAUUUUAGAAUUUUUUUUAAAAUGUGGUAAAAAUCUCAAAACAUAGUUAUUUUUAAAAGUAGCCGAAUAAAUGUUGGUCAGAUUGAGGUGUACGGCCUACUGUAAUUUAUUGCUCCUGUUACAGGAAACACCCAGUAUUUGAACAUAAAAGUAAAUUAUGUCACAGAAUUGAUUAGUAUUUAAGUAUUAUGCUUGCUACAUUUGCUAUAGCAAACUAACUUAAGGUUGGCAUUGAAAGUCUUAAGUAUAUAUCUAAGAAAUUAAUAUAUGGAUAUCAUUGUUUAUAUUUGAAUUCUCAGGGACUUAGCAAAAAUUGGCAAUCAUGUAAUGUGGUAAUAUUGUAAUAUUAUAUAAUUAACCAUUGAAAUUCAUUGAAUGAAUGCUGUGCUAGAGUUUAAAUACAGUUGCAUUGGAAUAUUUCCAUGAGUAUUUAUAUAUAAAAUAUUUAUUGCUUGUUUUAAGAAUGUUAUAAUAAAUAUUAUUGUUUAUAUCUGCAUUACAUAAGUAUGUCAAUGUGAUAAUAACUUAUAAGAAAAUUUUAUCAAGUCUUAUGAAUAAAAAUUGUUAUAUUGU